UGUUAUUCACAGUAUUUAUACAUUUGCAUUUCAUAUGACCAAAAUAAUAGAUUUUAUUACUAUGAAUCAGUUAGUAAUAUAUUCCAAAACUGGGGCUGCCUCAUUCUGAAAAAAAACUCAACAUGUACAGUGAUGUCCAAAGUUUGUGUUUGUUCGGAAAGAGGAAAGAGCUCGGCAGUAUCGAUUAAGUCACGCGUCGACCGCUAGAGCGCACUCACGUCUAAAAAUGGCGUCGGCGAUCAAUGAAAUAGUAGUGUGUAGUGAAUUCUAGUGUAAAAAAUGAAAUGAUGGGACUGAGUGUUGUUUUUGUGAGUUGUAUCAAUACCUGAAUGGAUCAUGGGAAAAGGCCAAGAGCUAUUGGAUGCAGCUCGUGAAGGCGAUAGGAAGACGGUCGAGAAAAUACUUGGCCAAAUAACUAAAAGGAGUGGUCCCUUUACAAGUUUACGUAGAGGCGCUGGAGUUAACGUACAAGAUGACAACGGCUACACACCACUACAUCAUGCCUGUCUACGGGGACACAAGGACAUAGUCUCUCUACUUCUUUCGGUGGACGCGUCACCAUGCGUCCUGGACAAGAAGGGGGCGACGGCGCUGCACCUGGCUGCGUGGAAGGGGGACUCCGACGUGGUGUCCAUGCUGCUCGCGCAUGCCAACCCUCAUGUGAACAUCGAUCAGCGGACCUCGGACCAGGAGACGGCUCUGAUCAUAGCGGCACAGUUCGGCAACGUGGACGUGGUGGCUCAGCUGCUGUCGCGCGGGGCUGACGUCACCAUCCGGAAUAUUAAGGACGAGAGCGCCUUGGAUCUCGCGGCGCAGUAUGGCAGGUUGGAGACAGUCCAGCACCUGCUCCGGGCUCGUCCUCAACUGGUGGACCCGUACCGGUUCCCCGUGUGUCGCGGACGACUGUUCUCGGCGACUCCGCUGCACCGCGCCAGCAAGAAUGGACAUAAAGAAGUGGUGUCAACCCUGAUCUCCGCCGGUGUAGACGCGAACGUCAGAACAUACAACGGCACGGCACUCCACGAAGCGGCGAACUACGGCAAAGCUUCAGUAGUCCGCAUCCUGCUGGCUAAAGGAGCUGAUCUGAACGCGGCCGAUCGAAGAGGGAAGACUGUUCAUGACCUCCUCAAUGAAUACUCCGAGGAGGCCACGAAGAGAGUACGUAGAAUCAUCAGAGAACACAUGGCGACCAGCGGAUACGAGAGCGAGGAGGACCUGCCCCCCUUCCCGGUGCAGGACUACAGUCCCACGGGAUACCCCACCACUGUCGGCAUGCAAGCCCAAGAGACCCACAAAAACAAUAAAAGCUUAUCAUCCUCAUCAUCCAUUCUAACAAAUAAAAACCAGCCUCAGAGUUUAGUCAAAAGGCUUGCUAACAAAUAUCUGGGAAUUAAAGCGAAAUUUAGUUCUGCCCCUAACAUACCUAACACUAUUGGGCCAGAGUUGGAAGCAAAAACAAAUUAUAAUCUUAAGAAAAGUAAUACUAGUAAUACGGUACUAAUUGGCAAUAGUAAAUUUUUCGACUUUAUGCAAAAGAAAGAUGACGAAGUCGGUGAAAUAGUAUGUAAUGACGAAUUUGACACAGUAUCCUUAGGUAGAAUGUCGACAUUAGAUAGAAACACAACUGUAAACAGAAGUAAUCGAAGCUGUCCAGGUUUCAAAACAUCUCUUCCAAAUAUUGCAGAAAAUGGUGAGCUCAGUGAUUCUCGUGAUUCUCAAGACUCUAUAGAAAUUAUCGAAUUAGACAACGAAAAUAACAAUAAAUGUGAUAAAAAAGAUUGUAAACCAACUGAAGCAAUUAAUCCUAUUCGAAAAUUAAGUAUAUUUGAACCCAGAGAUAAAGAUAACACAAAUCCCAGAAAAUCUAAUGCAUCUACUGAAUCAAAUGUCGUAGUAAACGAAUGCUACGAACCCUACGAGUUUGAAAAAAGUAAUGAUGAUAGUCUAGACAAGGUUGAUCUUAAACCUAAACCUCCACCAAGACCUAUAAUUCCUGUUCGUAAAAAUAGCAGUGAAACUAGUAUUUACGAAAAUCUAACUGACGUAAAAACUACUCCUCCAAAACCUGCAGCUAGAACACAUAUCCCUCUAAAAGAAAAUAAUGCCAUAAAAGUAUCCUAUGAAAAUGUUAUCGUUCCAAAAACCCAACUAAGGAAAGCACCAGAACCACCUGAAAGAUCAAUAUUAGUUCUACCAUCAGCUCCGAGCAAAGAAGACAUAGAUUCUAUUGCGACUGAUAAGAGUUCCCCUAGUAUUAGUCGUUCAUCCACAGUAUCUUCAGAAUCUCUGACAGACGAAGCAGACUUUGAAGACAUUUUGUUGUCUAAAAAAUCAAUGUCGUUUAGACAUAGUAAGGUGCUAUCUGAAAGUAAUAAAACUCAAAUUCACCGAACUCAGUCAACAGCUUCAGCUUACUCUGACGUUACUGAAGCCAGUGCCAUGGACAACGUCGAUGUGAGUGGAGAGGUAGAUGAUAAAUCUAUGUAUUUAUCAAUGACAGGCACGCUCCCAAGUAAAAAAGCCGAACGUGCUGUAAAAAAGAAAGUUCUUUUUAGACACAAAACGUUCACUAAUAUAGAGUUAGAUGGAAAUUCUAUCAAUAAAGAUUUUCCUAGAUGGAACAACGAAUUUAAAAAAGAAACGCUUGCUAAUUACCAUAUUCGUGGAACUGGUCAUUGUAUAUACAAAGCACCGACAGUUCAAGAGUUUAUUUAUAUCUUCAAUAGAGAUACACUGUACAGUGACGUUGCACCUUUCGAAAAAGUGCCCAAUAAGCGAGAAAGUUACUUUGAGACAGCAAUAUGCUUCUGUAAACCUGAACCGCCUAAGUUUCACAAAAGCGCAGAAGACCUAUUAGAACUUCCUAUUAAAGCCGAAGAGAAAGUCACAAUAGAUAUUGAUGCUCUUCGCAAAAGCAAAGAAAUGCAAUCUACAUCAUUCCAAUGUUUCUGUGAUGAAGAAGAUUGUAAAUUUCACGAGAAAAAACGAGAAUCAAGUAUGUUUGUGAUAAAAUUUUCUGCAAUUAAAAAGAGUAUUUCAACUCCUGAUAUAACUUUGGUUCCUUCACCAACGUCCACUGUAAAUAAGCCUUUGAUAAAAAAUAACUCGGUGCCUUAUAAUUUAGAGGAACCGUAUGCUGUUGUUGAUAUUGUUAGUAAAACUGAUAAUACUUGCGAUAGUAUGCCUAAAGAUACUUGUGUUGCAAACGAUUACAGUGCCAUGAAUUCGAUAUCUCAGCCAUCGACUAUUUCAUCGUCUUCCCGUCCUUACUCAAUAAGAGAUAUAGCCGAAGAAAUAUCUAUGAAUUCUGCCAACUCUAGCCUAUCAUCUAACGCUUCUGAUGUCAUAAAUUUCUUGAGACAGAGCUCUUCAGAUCAUUCCGGUCGUUGGUCGCUUCAUACGUGCAACUCUAACGCCACUGUCAAAUCCGAUAUGUCUUUCAAAUCUUGUCUCGAAGAUGUCGAUUCUUCCGAUGACGAGACUUUGCAUUCCGAGGAAGAUGUCUCUGACACGGAUACCGUGGCUAGCGUGGCUAAAAGGCCCUGGGUCCACAGUGACUCGUUUAGGUUCGGAAGCAAUGACACGAAGUUGGAGGAGGGUGAUGUCAUUGCGGAAGAAUCGACAGAGAGCGGUAUCGAGACGUGUUCAGAGAUGUCUCCGAGGGAAGGGUUGGGUGUGUCGCUUGCUUCGCUUGAGCGUGGGUCGGGCGUUGUUCGCAGCGGGUCGGGGCGGCGGCGCUGGGACGAGGCCGAGGCCACCAGCGAGGGGGACGCCCUGAGCGUCUCCAGCGCGGCCUCGAGCUGCGCGCCGCACCACCUGGCGCACCAUCACGACUACAACAAGGUUUCGCCGACGCCUCCGAAGAAGCCUCCGCGGCGGAACCUGUCCGUGUCGCCCACUCACGCCAACUCGCCCUCGUCCGGGUACAGCUACGAGAUCCGGCCUCACGCCAGGAGUCAGGACGACCUGGAUGAUAUACAGGGUGCUAAACACUACCUCAAACACGGCCGCUCGGUGGACCAAUACGUUGAUGGAAAACUCUCAUACUCAGAGUACGAGGAAAACCACAACUCUCCCAGAGUGGCCCCCAUCCCCAACCCUCGGCCUAGCCUGAAGAACAGGCCGCAACCAGUUGCCAUCACGGCUAUGUACGAAAACGUCGUUAUAAAAGAGCAGAACCCCAGAAGAAAGCUCAGAAGAAACAACGUACCGCAGUAUGAUAACUUCGAGCCGAGAAUGACAGACAAUAGAGUGAGAAAGUAUUCUGCGCAAGAGAAGUCUUCAUUAGAGAGUCUGCUAGACGAUUCUCAGUCGAUGAAUAGUCCGAGUGACUGUGAGCGGUACUACGAGGGGCCACGGGUGGAGAUCCCCCUGUCUCCGUCGCACUACGACCAGCCGCCCACGCCCGACCACCCGCCGCCGUCGGCACGCCAGGCCGAGAACAGCAUCCAUGAGAGAAUCCGCCCGCUCAGCCAGGAAUACAAGCGUCGCUCAGCCCUGCGCGACAGCUACACGGAAACGGAAGUGAAUCUGUUGCGCGCCGCGUCCGCCGCUUCCGUCGCCAGUGGCGCCACCGACCGUAGCGGCAAGUCCGACAACUGCGUGGAGGAGUAUGUUUGCGAUGUGCCGUUUGCUGGCCUGUUCAAAGGCUCGACGACGACACUCGACGGGAUCGGUCUACGCCCGAUGCCGGCCGAGCGACCGAAGACGUUGCGGAAACUCAAAUCAGUAUACGACUCCUCCCCAACAGACCUGCCGGGAUGCAACAAUAUACACACGAACAGCAAUGGACAGGCUGCCGAGCGAUUGAACGGCGUCGAUGAGGAAGUUAGGAGACGCAGUAAUACGACCAGUUCCACGCAUAGUGGAGACAAGUCCCUGUCGAUUCUGAGUCCGUUUGAUGAGCAGGAGGAAUGGGCAAAAAUCUCCGAGAUCAUGGCGUCGUUCGGCAGCAAGCUGGUCCGAGAGUCAGUGUUCGUGUCAGAACUGGAGCAGGAGUUCAGCUCGCGGCUCGGAGUCGGCUCCGAGAGCCACAGCCGCGUGGCUCUGUGGCUCUGUAGUGUGUCGGCGCAGCACUAUGAACCGACGUUCGUGGAGCAUGGAUACGAUCAUGUGGACUUUAUUAACGGCGUCCUAGAAGAGUCAGACCUAAAAGAAAUGGGAAUAGACGACGCAGAUAGAACUAAAAUACUAGAAUCAUCGAAACAGUUACCUCUUAAAAUAGCGGAAAUAAGCAAUAAUUAUAACAAUAAUAACAUUAGCAAAGCCCCAACGGAAACCGUUGACGAGUGGCUGAAGAGUAUACAUUUAGAACAAUAUAGUGAGACGUUUAGGAAACAUUUGUAUGUAGACAUGGAUAGGGUGAGGAGGAUAUGGGAGGUGGAACUGACGGCAGUGCUGGAGAUACAGAAGCUGGGGCACAGGAAGAGGAUCCUUGCCUCGGUGUCGGGGCAGCAGAACGGGCCCGCCAACCACAUCGAGGACAUCAACGCUGAUCUCAACACUUUGAAAUCCAACAUCCAACAGCUUAAAGACGAAAUCAAAGAAAAACUCCCCGAAAACCUGAAAGCCGUGCCUCCUCCCGUGGUGCCAAACCUGGCGCCCCCUGGUGGGGAAACGUUGAAGCGAAGUAAGAAGAACCGGCCGGCGCCUCAGCCGCCGAGACCUUCGGAUCUGGAGAUCAGGGCGCCGUCAGAGCUGAUGGUAGGAGUGCCGGGAGCGCUGAAGACGCAGUGGAAACAUCAGCCCUUCGUUCUCGUCACGGGCGCUGUGACGUAUGUUGCUAAUUAUUUAGGGUCGACAGUGGUCAAAGAACUCCGAGGGACGGAAUCCACGAAAAAGUCGAUACAGAAGCUAAAGAAGUCAACCAAAGAGCCCCGAGAUUCUCCUGAUAUCAUUCUGUCCAUCAGCUAUAGAGGUGUCAAGUUUCUUAACACUAUUACGAGGGAGUUGAUCUGCGAGCACGAGAUCCGCAACAUCCACUGCGCGUGUCAGGACGCCGACGACCUCACGCACUUCGCCUACAUCACCAAGGACCACGCCACCAAGAGCCACUACUGCCACGUGUUCUGUGUCGCUACCAUGGAUCAAGCCACUGAAGUGAUCCUCACGUUAGGGGAAGCAUUCGAAGUGGCUUACCAAAUGGCGCUUCGCGACCAGGCAAACAGAAGCCGGGUGACACAGAUACAAGCGAAAACCCCCACCCAUGACCCCAUGAAGAAUUCCAAUAAGGACAAAGUUAACCCGAACCACGGAAGAUCACAUUCCAUUACGGAGAUCAAAUUGAAUGGGCACCAGUUGAAAAUAGCACCGAUGCCGGCCUCGUUGUCUAAUGAAGACUUCCAAACUACCAGGGCGGCAGACGGGUCGAGGAGCCCAAGGACACCGCUGUUGAAAGCACCCAUCGCCUCCACUGAAGAAUUGUGAGAAGGAUAUUCUACUAGGAAUCUAUGACAAGAAGGGUAUCGAAAUUUAUUAAGAUGAUAAUUAUUAAUGAAGAGUUGGUACCUAAUAAAGUAUGUUUAUCAUACCAAUUUCGCGAGUGACAAUGGUAAUAAUGAUAAUGAUUAUGGCCUAAAUAAUAUUGGCUGAAAUUUAGUUUCCUAUUAGUUUAGUCUUCCGGAAUAUAUACAUCACAUUUUUAUAUAAUAAACUUUGUUGGGGGUUACCGCGAAAGUGAAUAAUUCUGCUGUAUUUAGUAUUGAUAGCAAACUGAGGAAUGUUCAUUGAAUCAUGAAUAUCACGAUACUUUUGUAAGCUCUAGUUGGAAUGUUGUAAAAAAUACCAAAAAUAUAAUACUUAUGUAUUUAAAUGGUCACAGUUUAGGUGUUACUAUAAUUAUUUUAUUAUACUACAGUUUUGACUCUGAUUUUAUGAACCAUAACCACGAUAUUUAAUAUUAUUGUAUAGUAGUUAAUAUUACCAAUUUUACUAUUGAAUAGUAAUGAAAUAGGGCUGUUGUUUUUGUAUAGUGGUUUGUAAGUUUUCUGUUUCUGUUGCGACAUGACUUGUUUGACAUGGUUGUUCUAUAUUGUCAUUGUCAUGCUACUAAAAUUAUGGAAGCUAAAUUACGUGUAUUAGGUAAGAAGUUUAAAAUGUUGCGGAAAUUUACUCUUUGAAAUUAAAAUAUGGCUAGUGUUACUGCCUACGAUCUACGAUGUAUUCGAUAUUUAUAUGAGUGAGUAGGCCUAAAAUAUAAUCUCGGAAAUAAUAUUUAAGUUGCGUUACCGUUUUUUUUUUGUUUAAUGGUGUAAAUAUUCAUUUGUUAGUUAUAACUUUGUAUUGUAUAAUUAUUGUAGAUGAGUUUUUGAAAGGUUGUUGAAAUGUAACUUUGAACACAAUCAUAUUGACGACAGAAGGCGUAUAUAUGUAUUCGCCUAUCACAAUUAAAUAUUACAUAAAACAUAUCAAGCCGAAAAUAUGAAUUAUAUAUCACGUUAUAUAUUGUAAUAGAGACGCUUAUUUAAUGUCGUAAUUUUAUUAUAGGAUAUAAUAUAUUAUGCUGAGCUUCCGAUGUUGAUUUUGCUCCAAUAGUUAUGCUAAAUCUAAAUUUAGAAUUCGUUGUCGAACAAUAUUAAUGUCUCAAAAUGACAAAAAAUACUGGUUUAAUGUUUUCAAUUAUUGUAACUGUUUGCUCAAAGCCUGUGUGGUUUCAAAGAUUUAUUUCAAUUUAAUAUCUGUCUAUCUAAAUGAAAUUUGUCAUAAACUCGUCGAUUAAAAGUCUGAUUAUGUUUUUUUCACUUUUCCUGUAUUCUUUGUGAUACUGAAAGUAAAUAAGUAUUUAAAAUCUUU